ACCCCAUGCUUUCAAUGCAAGUCCUCAUCACAAAUCUCUCUCUCCCCCUCCAUCUCCUGUUUUUUACCCUGCUCUGUUCCUGCAAGCACUUCGUUCUCUCAGAAGAAGAAGAAUAACAACAACAACAGAGCAUGAACGGCCAAAGAGACGACAACCCUUCUUCAUGCUAUUACCACCCUGAUGUGGCCUUCGUCGGGGUCUGCCCGCUCUGCUUGAAUGAGAGACUAGUGGUCUUAGCGGCAAAACAGAAGCAGAGCUACUCCCGCCGAUCGAUCCCGGGCUAUGCGCACAGCCACAAAGCCCACUACCAUCAACCCUCCAUUGUCAGCCACAAGAAGCCGCCCCUCAACAUCCCGAAGAUCUUUGCCAUCGGAUCUCUCCUCAACCGCCUCGAAUUCCGACGGAGGACCGACAGCCUCAACCAUGGCCCCGAUGCCUCCUCCAGUCCUGAAGAUGAUUCCUUCAUAUCGAUCAAGUUCGAGGACAACGGGAUUGCCUCAUGGGAGAAGAAUACGGUCUCCAAGGUCUCUUUGGAUAACUGCAACAUCUCGUGGAACCAACGUAGCUCGGCCGGGAAGGCACUUGUGGCCCCCAAGGAGGCAAAGGCCGCUGCCACCAUGACGAAGAGUGUGAUCGAGCACUCGAAGCCACGGGUCGCGUCGCUGAGGUGGCGGAAGCGGAUUGGCCACCUGUUCCACCUCAUGAGAUGGAAGAGGUCCAACAAGGCAGGUAGUGUCUGCCACGUUGGCAGCAAGGUGGAGGGUGUGAAGGUGAGGAACGGCUGGAUACGGACUCUGACAAAGAGGAGGACCAAAGAAUGAAAAAGAAACUGAUGUUAGCCCCUUUUCCUAGCCUUUUCCUUCACCCUCCAAUUUGUGGUAUGGGGCUGCAAUGUGACUUGUAAAGUUGUCGACAUCAUUGAGGAGAUCGUGGUCAAAGUAAGCUCAGUCACUCCAAAGACCUGUUCCAUUUUCUUAUUGAUAAUCGAGAUAUCCGAACCUCUUAGAAGAUAUGGCUGAUUUUGGAUACUCUCGAAAUCUGGUCUUGUAGACCGUUACGAUUCUUGUACACUUGGUUGUAAGUAGAUCAUUACAGAUCGGGAAGGGAUUUUUCAAGUCUUGAUUAUGGUGUGAAGAUUUUGUUAAGCACUUGCGAGAUCCUCAAAAGAAAAGAAAAUUCAUAUGUAUAAAUAAUAUAUUAUUCUUGUGUCGA